AUGACCGUCUGGUCGGCGGAGGCGAUCGCGCGUCGAGAGACCAAGCGCGGUCGCACAGCGCUGGACAGGUCCGAAGACCGCAAAAGGCAAAAGGGAACGUUGUGCGAGGCAGACGCUGACCCUCGACUCUCACCGCUGCUCGCCUUCAUCACCGAGGUCGUCGGCCCGCUCGGCGCGCCGUUCUGGCCAGCUAGCUCGGCCGCCGCCGCGCCUGCUGACACCUCUGCCGCUCCCGACGAUCUCGAGGAAGGAGAGAUUGCUCUACCGCUUGGGAGCGAUGAGUCUGCCCAACCUGAAGCGGAGGCGCGGCGGGCCGCUGCGGGCGCCACCGGCACCGACGGCCUUCUGUCCAACGUCACGGUCAGCUCCACCUCAGGGAAGACAGUCUACUGGCAGUGCACGGUCUGCUCCGCCAGGUUCAGGGGUCGGCAGAGCCUCGCGGAUCACACGUUGGCCAAAAAGGACCCUCCGCAUCGGAGAGUGGCGGAGGCCGAUGAGUUUAUUCGGUCGUGCGCCGAGACCAAGGCCGCGCGGAAGGCACGUGACGCGGCGGCGGAUCUCGUUCGCGUCGAUGACCUCCUCGUGCAGCGCGGCCACUGCAAAACAAGGGGCGAAGCCGCGAGGCUCGUCCAGGCCGGGCGCGUGCUCACAAGAAAGGCAGCCGGGCAGCCCCAGGUCUUGGUCAAGGCCGUGGGCUUGAAGCUAGCGCACGACGCGCCCUUCUCCCUCUCCGACCCCGCGGCCAGCUGGGAAAGCGAGGUGGCCUUGGUCCACCAGUGGGUCGCUGACGGGCGGCCUCUCAAGGCGCUCAUCGGGCACCGCGCGCAGGCUGCUGCCGGCGACGCGAGCGCUCCGCCCGCUCUUGCUGACCCGCCCGUCGCUGAGGCGGCGGCCGGCGCGGAGGCGGACUCCCAGGCCGUGGCGCUGGUGGCCGAAUCUGCCCCUCUCGCCGCGGCUCGCACAUCCCACCUCCCCGCCCUCCUCGCCUUCAUCGCAUCCCGCCCAGGCCAACGCCUCCGCGGCUCGUCCGGCAUCGCUGAGUUCUACAAGGCGCACCCAGAAGCCAAGGGCCAGCUCCCCAAGCUCGCCCAGCUCGCCGAACAAUGCCCGCAGAUAAAGAUCGAGGCCGGCCGCGCAGGCAUCGAGCAGCACCGCGCGACGCGCACGGAGCUCAAGGCUGCCGACGCCGCUUACAACCAAUUGUGCCAGGCAGCUGGCACAACGGCAGAGUCUCCGAGCGCGCCCGCCGCCGAGCAGGCGCGGCAGGCGCGGCCAUCCGCGUUCGCGAGGCGGCCAAGAACGAUGCACUCGUAA